UAAAGAAGUCCUAAUCUAUUAAAAUUCUUCUACAUAUAAAACAGAGCCGGGCGGUCUGUUAGAGACAGGAUGCUGAGAAGAAGUCUGUCAUCGUUUGUCUUGGUAAUAUCGGUGUUGAUCUCCUCGUCCGUAGCUAUGGCAGAAGUCUCUGGAGAUGGAGAUUCAUCGUCGUCUGCGGCCGUCCACAUCAUUUACACUGAGAAACCCCUUAACGAAGAACCCGAAGCCUUCCACCUUCGUACACUCUCUUCCGUUCUCGGCAGCGAGGAGGCUGCCAAGAAGGCUCUCAUAUACAGUUACAAGAACGCCGCUAGUGGAUUCUCCGCCAAGCUGACACCCGAGCAGGUUUCGCAAAUCUCAACACUACCUGGUGUUCUUCAGGUUGUUCCAAGCAGGACUCUCCAGCUGCAUUCAGGACCUGGAAUGCUCCAUUCAGGACCUGGAAUCCACAAGAAGAUGUAAAACACUCUCGUUUCGACCAAAAUAACGAUCUUAUGUUUUAGAUCUAUCUAUUCCCUUGUAUAAAUCAGGUACCUGUUCCAGUACGAAGUUACUUACAGUAAUCAAUGGCUUCAGUAUCAUGGGUAUGCUGUGAAUUUGGGUUGUUUUAAUGUAAGGAUUUGCAGAAUUUGGAUGGAGAUUGAGACCUGAAUUAAGCCCUAAUUAAAUAAUAAUAAUAAUUUGGUCUUGCUUGGUGAAUGUUUCGAA